AUGCGCCUUCUCAUUCUCCUCGCUGCCAGCGCUGCCGCGGCGCCCGUCGCCAAUCUUGUCGUCCGUACUCCCGACGCUGAAGCCGUCGCUUUGGCCGAACCCCAGUGGGGCGGCUGCGGCGGCUCGGGACCUCCUUGCUGGAAGAAGGACGCUAUUCCCGAGCCUGAGCCGGAGGUCGAGGCCCGGUGGGGCGGCUGCGGCGGUUCGGGCCCUCCUUGCUGGAAGAAGGACGCUAUUCCCGAGCCUGAGCCUGAGGUCGUGCAUGUUGUAACCAAGGACGCCGAGCCCGAGGCCGAGCCCCAGUGGGGCGGCUGCGGCGGCUCGGGACCUCCUUGCUGGAAGAAGGACGCUAUUCCCGAGCCUGAGCCUGAGGUCGAGGCCCGGUGGGGCGGCUGUGGCGGUUCGGGACCUCCUUGCUGGAAGAAGGACGCUAUUCCGGAGCCGGAGCCUGAGGCCGAGCCUCAGUGGGGCGGCUGCGGCGGCUCGGGUCCUCCUUGCUGGAAGAAGGACGCUAUUCCGGAGCCGGAGCCUGAGGCGGAGCCCCACCUGAGCCUGAGGUCGAGGCCCGGUGGGGCGGCUGCGGCGGCUCGGGUCCUCCCUGCUGGUAAACACGACCUCGACAUUAUUUCGGGGGAGACCCAUCUCCUUUCCCCUCUUUCCUUUCCCCCUUGA